AUGAUGGUUAAAACUACUUACGCGCUCACGCUUUUCACGGCUGUGAGCUUGGCUGCGCCCGUUCAGAAGACUGGCAGUGGUGGCACUGGAAAUUUCAUUGGAGCUGGUACUGCCAAUGGCCAGGUCAAUGAUGUGGUGAAGGGUCUAUUCAAGGAAUUGACUCCACGAGGAGAUGAGGAGAGCGCUACCGGACACGGGAACUUGCUUGACAAGCUUCCUCUUGUCGGUGGAUUGCUUGGUGGCGGUGGAGAUGAGCAGAAGCGUUCCUUCACAGGUGAUCUUGCGAAAUUCCCAUUGCUGGGUGAAAUUUUUGGUGGUGACCAAGGAAACCCCGCAAAUACUCCCAACAAUGGAAAUGAAGCCAGAUCUUAUGACGAUGAACUCAGCCAUCAGCCAUUUGAGAAUCACGGUCAGAAUGAGGGCCAGAACCACGGUGAAAAUUAUGGUCAGAACUGGGGCCAGAAUGCUGGACAGAAUGCCGGACAGAAUGCCGGUCAAAACGCUGGCCAGAACUAUGACCAAAACGCUGGACAAAAUGAUGGCCAGAACGAUGGCCAAAACGACGGUCAGAACGAUGGCCAAAAUGAUGGUCAGAACUACCUUCAGAACUACGGUCAGAACCACAAGCGAGACCUUGAAAGCGAUCUCAGCAGCCUGCCAAUUGUUGGCAAGCUUCUCGCCGAGGAUAAGGACGACAAGAAGACCGACGAUAAGAAGCAUGAGUCCCGUCAGUUCAAGGGAGUCCUUGGCUUGGUCGACAACCUUACUAAGGGUUCUCCCACAAGCCAGAGCCACCGUCGCGAGCUUGAGGAUUCAGAUGGGCCCAUUCCCCAUGAAGCCGAGGGGAGCCAUGGUUUUCUUCCCAAGAGUGUGACCGAUGACUCUGUUGCUACCUUCCGAGAGGGAUUGGAUGUUGCUGCCAAGAUGGUCUCAAUUCCAUUAUCCGCGCGCCAAGUGAAGCCGGAAAGCAAUGAGAAGCCAGCCGAGAACAAGAAGCCUGCCGACGGCAAACCGGCUAACCAGCAUGCCCCUAACAAGGCAGACAAAGAUGACAAGAAGAAUAAGUCCAACAAGUCCAGCAACAUUCUAAAGGAACUUGCUGCCGAGAGUGGUCUCGGCGGGCUCGUUGGUAAUGCCCACCACGGUGUUGGCUUGCUGCCGAUGAAGGGUCGUCGCGAUACCACCUCACACGAGGCUCGUGCCGCCCCUAUCCAGGGAUCUACCUUGACCGAUGUCUUGAUGCAGAGUGGUCCUAUCGGCAAGCUCACCAAGGCUCUCUCCCCCCCUGGUACACCUGCCCCUGGAAAGAGCGACCCAAGCAAGAUUGGCGAUGGUAGCAGUAUGGCUCCUCCCGGCGCUCCUGGUUCUCCCGCGGGAUCUGUCAAUGCUGGCCCUCACCAUGGACCUGGUUAUGUCGCUGAGCACAAGGCUCAAAAGCAAGCCGGCCAGUAG